UCAUAUGUGGCUUUAUUUGAUUCUUUUCACUGCUAUAUAGUAUUCCAUCAUAUGAUAUGCUAUAUUUUUAAUGCUAGAUGGGUAUUUAGUCUGUUGCCUCCCCCCGCAACCCCAUCCUGUAUCACAAGCAAUAGCAAUUAUAUCCAAACAUUUCCACAAACAUAUCUUGUGCAUGUUUUUUAGGACAGACAUUAGAAGUGGAACCAUUUGAUAAUAGGGUAUGCACAUUUUGCCUUUUGAUAGGUACUAGUAAAUCAGCUUCCAGAGAAAUAAUAUCAGUUUACAGUGCUCAUGGGAGACUCUCCUGCCAGUCUUGGUUUGGGAGGUUGCAUCCCUUGCUGUUUUACUUAUGGGGUGGGAGCAAGAAAACAACUUCCUCUCUGUAUAAUCUUGCCUUGUAGUUGCAGCUGUAAAUGUGGGCCUUCAUGUCCCUUUGGGUGGCUGCAGACAUGGUUUUAACUCUUUGCUGUGCCCCUUGCACAUGAGAAUAGCAAUUUAUAUCAAUAACCAGGUCUGGCAACAUCUGCCAAGGUUGUCACACUCUGUGAUUAAAUGGCCACAUGUGCUGAGAACACGGGGACAAUGGGAUUGUAAUUAGGGCUUGCUGUCUUUCCAUUGGCCACCCGCACCAUGCAUCCCUUCCUAUAACCUUGCUUUUGUGAACUGAUUUGUGAAUCAAAUUAUUCCACUGAGGAUGCCAGUGUGUGCUGGGAUAAUAAUAAUACUCUAUAGGUGUGAAUCUCUGUAAUUGUACAGGGUUCUGGAUAAGCGAAAGUUUAACCCCCUUUUUGCCAUUUUACCUGGUGCUGUUGGAAAAUGUGUCAGGGGAUCGUACAAGAUAGCAUUAGAAGUUAACUUUAAAAAUAGUAGGGAGUAGAGCAUAUUCUUCAUGGCAUCAUUAUAGUGAAAUAAGGUUUCCCUUAUGGUUAUCUCAGCAUCCUUGAAAUGCCACUGAUCCUGUAAGAAAGGCAGACAGAGAGAACACAAAUAGAAUUUUCUUAACUCUGCAAGGAGAAAGUUAAACACUGUGUUAAUAUCAUAUUAAAAACACGCUUAAUGCACAGAAGAAAAAAAAAUCCCUCCUCGUUUUGUUCCUGGUAUGACAAAGAUGGAUGAUGGUUACAUAAGGAAUUGGCAUGUUAAAAAAAAACACACUUGAAAUAUUGCCUCUAGAUAUGGAGUUGUAACAAAUGUGAACAUAUUUGAAAGAUUUAUUAGCAUUUUAAAAUUUGCUUACCAAUGCAUAAAAUCCUAAUCAGUUGUAUACAAGGCCUCUAACUCAAAUAAAGUAUCCAAGAAGGACACAGGAAGCCAAUGAAUAUUUCACUCUUUGCUGAUCAAAUAUAGGAGGGAUACAUGUAUAUUAAAUUUUCUUUCCCAUUUAGAUCCUUCCUAUUUAAAUAAGUGCUUGAGGUAGCAAAGCCAUCUUAAUGCAUACAGCUUGUAGUUCUAACUGUGAAGAGAAAGGAAAAAGAACAAACUAGUUUUUCUAUAUCCAAAAGAGUCAUUUCCCCAGUCCAUCAAUUUUUUGGUCCCUACCAAAAUCAGCACUUAAGCUGAAGAUAGGUAGAACCUGUGUAACUCAUUCCUAUUAAAACACACACACACACACACACACACACACACACACACAAGUGAAAUAGAUCUAUGAGAACUUCUUGGGAAAAUAACAGGAGAAUUACUUUGAUGAUAUUAUUAUUCAAGGUAAACAUAUUUAAAAGGUGAUCUCUAAAGUUCAACAGAGACGAUAGUUGUUUUCCUCCUAAAAGCAGGCUAAAACCUCAGUGCAUUCUCAUUUAGUACGUAACGUGGAAAAAGAGUUGAGAUCCUAAAGCUUCACUCCUAAAUAAAGUGCAGCUGCUUCUCGGAGAGGAAAUAGGAUGAAAGCCAAGCUGUUUGGGGCGGGAGGCGAGGCUGGGGGCGCGGUGCUGAGGUCUUCGAUUUUUUACUAGUAUUUCUAGGUGAAGUAGCAUAUCGGAAGUCAUAAAUACUGUCCCGUGGACAUUUUGAAUAAUGCAGGAGUAGCGUAAGUAAUUGGGAGUGCUUAUAUCCGCCUUUAGACAUUUGAUUGCUCGUGAGUUAAAAUUGGUUGUCAAGUGCGGACUCAGGGGACCGUGCAAGGUGCCCUAUUCUGUCAUGUGGUACAUAUUUAAUGCCUGAAAGAACAAGGGAAGGGACACGUGCGGGAGAGAGAGAGGGCGAGCAGCGAGUUACCGCCGGCAGCUGGGAGCUUUCCAAGUGCCUCCGACCCGUGGGGGUGGGACCCACGCAGCCCCAGUAGCCACUGCCUUCCCCCAGCUGCAAGACUUUGCAAAAACAUUGGGCGUCUAAUUUGGCGAGCGUUUUGGCGCGGACAGAGGCCGAAGCCGGCCGGGGAAGCCGGACCCGGGCGCGGGCGCGGGCGCCGCCGUGGCCUCCCUUUGUGUGCGCCCGGGUGUUGUUUGCCUCCUUGCACCGGCUGCUCGCUCUCGCGCCCGCGCGCUCGGGGUGUUCUGCACCUGCUGGCUGCCGUGCCAGGCAGCCCGGGCGAGCGAAGGCGCGCGGCGCGCACGACAGAUGACUGGAGUCAUUUACAUUGCUAGCACGUGGGUACCGUUUGCUGUUGCCUCGGACUUCUCCCGUGCUGUGUUCUCCCGGUGAGGAAACAGGAGGCACUUUGCAGCCGACAAUGAAAUCUUGGCAGCUAAUUGCAGUCGUGGGAGAUGCCCUUCAGGAUAUCAAAGCAGACUGCAGUUCGUGCGUGGAAAUAGAAGACAGAAAGGUUUCAAGAAAACAGAUGAAUUGUGAAAGAGAGCAGCUAAGGGGUAAUCAGGAAGCAGCCGCUGCCCCUGACACAAUGGCUCAGCCUUACGCUUCGGCCCAGUUUGCUCCCCCGCAGAACGGUAUCCCCGCGGAAUACACGGCCCCUCAUCCCCACCCCGCGCCAGAGUACACAGGCCAGACCACGGUUCCCGAGCACACGUUAAACCUCUACCCUCCUGCCCAGACGCACUCCGAGCAGAGCCCGGCGGACACGAGCGCGCAGACCGUCUCCGGCACCGCCACACAGACAGAUGACGCAGCACCGACGGAUGGCCAGCCCCAGACACAACCUUCUGACAACACGGAAAACAAGUCUCAGCCCAAGCGGCUGCAUGUCUCCAAUAUCCCCUUCAGGUUCCGGGAUCCGGACCUCAGACAAAUGUUUGGUCAAUUUGGUAAAAUCUUAGAUGUUGAAAUUAUUUUUAAUGAGCGAGGCUCAAAGGGAUUUGGUUUCGUAACUUUCGAAAAUAGUGCCGAUGCGGACAGGGCGAGGGAGAAAUUACACGGCACCGUGGUAGAGGGCCGUAAAAUCGAGGUAAAUAAUGCCACAGCACGUGUAAUGACAAAUAAAAAGACCGUCAACCCUUAUACAAAUGGCUGGAAAUUGAAUCCAGUUGUGGGCGCAGUCUACAGUCCCGAAUUCUAUGCAGGCACGGUCCUGUUGUGCCAGGCCAACCAGGAGGGAUCUUCCAUGUACAGUGCCCCCAGUUCACUUGUAUAUACUUCUGCAAUGCCAGGCUUCCCGUAUCCAGCAGCCACCGCCGCGGCUGCCUACCGAGGGGCGCACCUGCGAGGCCGCGGUCGCACCGUGUACAACACCUUCAGGGCCGCGGCGCCCCCGCCCCCGAUCCCGGCCUACGGCGGUGUUGUUUACCAGGAUGGAUUUUAUGGUGCAGACAUUUAUGGUGGUUAUGCUGCAUACCGCUACGCCCAGCCUACCCCUGCCACUGCCGCUGCCUACAGUGACAGAAAUCAGUUCGUCUUCGUUGCAGCAGAUGAAAUUUCUUGUAACACCUCUGCAGUUACGGACGAGUUUAUGCUGCCGACCCCUACCACCACGCACUUGCUCCAGCCCCCACCUACGGCGUUGGUGCCAUGCCCCAAGGUUCCAGCCCCAGCACAGACUUCAGAGGAGCUAAGCUGCACACUUCCAGGCCUCUGCUGUCAGGCAGCUGAGAAUCUGACUGCCUCUCCUCCCCUAUUACAAUUCAUGUUUAAAGUCAUAGUCGCCCAGGAAAGAAAAUAGAGAGGGGCACACUUUGUGUGUGUACCUAGUACAUAAGAAAGUAGAAGGAAUCAGCUGGGUUUGGGGGUUGUCUUUUGUUUUGGGGCA